AUGACUAACAACAAAGCGAGACGACGAAUACCAGGCGAACAAACAGAACAUGGACAGGGCAUCAAGUUCGACACCCUCUACGACAAUGACUAUGUCGUGGGAAACAAGCUCACAGAUGAGAAGAGAGCAGAGCUCAACAAGAAUGCUGCCGAGAUCAACGAAGCCUACUUUGACUUCAUUACCGACGCCUUUCAGAACGGAUGGGGCAACAAAUUCCACUUCAGCGGCUAUCAACCCGGUGAAUCCUGGGCCACAGCCGCAGCCCGCCACGAACACUACCUAGCACUCAUUAUGGAAUUCAAACCCGGUAUGAAGGUUCUCGAUCUAGGUUGUGGUGUCGGUGGUCCCGCACGUGAAAUGGCCAUCUUUGCUGGAGUCUACGUCACUGGUCUCACGAUUAACGACCUACACGUCGAGCGGAGCAACAAGCUGAAUAAGCAAGCGAAUCUGCAGGACCAAGUACAUAUGGUCAAAGGCACAUUUUCAGACCUUCCAUUCGCCGAUGAGACGUUUGACAUGGUUUUUGCCAUCGAAGCGCUCUGCUGUGCACCGGAUCAGCAUAAAGCGUAUACCGAGGCCUUACGAGUGCUGAAACCUGGGGGUAAGAUCGGUAUCUUGGAUUGGGUCAUGACUGACAAGUACGAUGAUUCUAAUACAGAACAUCGCAUGAUACGAGGGAGGAUUGAAAGAAAUGGGGCCGUGCCGCACAUGAUCACGCCCAAGACUAGGAUUGCGGCAUUGGUGAAAGCGGGUUUUGAAAUGGUUAGCGAAGAGGAUCGUGCUACUGCUAAGGCUAAUCCGAUACCUUGGUGGUAA